CAAGAUUUGCUGCGCUAACCGACCACGUUUGUGGGGAAAAGGUGGACCUCAGGAAUUUCUUCGCCUUCAUUCUGUCUAGUGCCGUUGAGUAGGACGGACGUGGAAGGUCUUAGCUGUUGUGGACCCUAUAAGGUGUCUCAUUAGGUGUUGUUUGGAGAAAUCCUCAAGCGGAAGAGUGUAUCCCAGCGAAAGCAGUCUCGAACAGGAGGAGAUACUAAAAGCAGCCGACGAAGAAGAGGAAGCGUAAGAAAAUCAAGAAGGUUGUGAUCUGAAGAAAUCAAAAGCAACUCUUGGAAAUUUCUUCCAAUCUCUUGUGGUCUCUCGGUGUAGUGUGACUCUCAAGCUUUGGAUGGUGUGGCUAAGUGUGAGUUAGGGAAACAGUGGACACACUUCGGAGGGUGAAAGAAAGUACGAUAAGCUCCCCUUCUUUGGUCCGGAGUUUGGAGUGGCGCAUUUCGAAGAUCAGGCAAUGGAGAGUGAGAGAUGAAAUCGUGGCAGCACAGGUUUUGUUUUUAAGGAAAAUAAAAUAUUGGUUAAUGUGUGUCAGUUGGUUGAUAACUAUCAAAACGGAAUCUUUCUCUGCACGGCGCCUUUCAUUUGGCUCGAGAAACUGAUGAAUUUUAUAUAAGAUUUCGAAAAUUAAAUCAGUAGAAACGAAGCGGAAGGUGAAAUCGAAUAAGUCGAUAACGACCGUGAAGUGACAAUUGGAAGGAUCCGGACUAAAUGAAUUGGCAUUGGCAAAUUUACGAGAUUUCACUGAAACAUAAAGUUUGUCAUAUAAAUAUUCCAGAAAGACUAUUCCAUAAGUCUUCCAGCAUCCCGGUUUGAAGUAAAAGCGAAAAUAUAAAACAGGAAGUGCUAAGUAGUGACGACAAAACUCGUACAGGUUGGAAAAUCAGUGAAAGCCUAUCCUUCUAUCAAUCGACUCUAAAGAAAUCGAAAACGCACCACACCGAAGAAAACAAGUUGACCGAGAAAACAAGAACAGGUUCGUCGCUUACUGCUGGAUGACAAAUUAAAGUCUCUCUCACUGUGUCGCGUUUCGCUUGGGUGGAUCUGUGCAAACAUACCACUGCCUGUAGACAUUGAGCCGUGCAGGGCAGUUGGUCAAGCGUAAGGCCUGGAGAUUUCCCCUUUUCGGAUGAAAAGAAACGACUAACGUCAGCAAACGACAUCUUCAGACUCAACGGCGGAUGGCAGAGGGCUCAUUUGCUGCGACGAAUAAACCUUGAAAAGAUCGUUCCAAAAGUGAUACUUUAAUUGAUUGCAGUAAUCUAUUUGCACUAAAGGUGCAAACUGUCGAGGACGACGCAUAAUUUAUCACCGAGGGCCUGCGACAUCUAAGAAUGGGGAAACGAAAUCGGCUACUGCCGAUAGGUAUCGUCAUCUGUUUGGUCCUUUACGCGGGAUCCUCUGUAAAGGCGUUCAAUUUCGACGAUGAUUUAGAGGACCUAAUGGCAGAAGAAUCAAUCGUGGAUGAAGAAGUCUACGGAGGCCCUAUUUUGCCGUCGAACGUAUUCAAUGGUGGAAAACCAUUUUACGUCGAGCGUGACCCUUCAACGGGAGCAAUUGAUUUCAACCAUAAGAAAACUGUCAAUCAAAUUGACCUAGAUGACAAAGGAUCUUACGAUACAAAGGACAGUCACGUCAGCGAUACAAAAGAUGUUAUCGUCAGCCAAUCUUCACCAAACUUUCACGAUUUCCUAAAUCUACCGGUGAAAUACUCUUCCUCAAACUUCGUUUAUCCGUUGAUUUCAAGUUCAUAUGCCAAUUUAAAAUAUCAAGGUAGCAACAAAGUGUCGAAUCACAAGAACGCAACGUCCACUCCAUCUACGACGACAGCUGCACCUAAAUUCCAAUUUACGCGUCCUCAGUACACAACUUCCAGGCUUAACACCACACGAAAUCAACCAAGUCCUACUACCACCCAAGUGACACAACCAUCUUCUCGUUAUACUUAUCCAACUACUUCAGGACGACCGAUAACGACCACCACUACUACCACGACCACCGAAAUACCGAUGACAACCAUUCCAGCUAAACAAUUAUUCACUAGAUACCCUUACAAGAGUACUAUCAAGAACAAAUAUUUGGAAACGACAGAACAGACACGUAAGAAGUUCUUCUUGCCUUCGACUCUUUCUAUGCCGACCACGACUACUACACAACGACCUCAAUCCACCGAACCAGAAACGACUCCUAUCCGUUCUUCAACCUACUACUCGCCUUCUGUUAGACCGUGGUCCAGUCCAUCGGCAACUCCACCUGUCACCACUACUCCUGAGCCAACCACUGUAUCCCGUCCUGCAAACCCAAUUCGUUUUGAGGAAACUCAACCUUUACCACCGGUAGAGGAUGAAGCUCACAGGAUGAAAUAUACCAUACCAGCACUCAAAUACGAGGGUAACCGUCCAGCACCAUUCCGACCACUGCCACCAAGUCACAUUAUGUUGAACCGUAAGAAUGAAACCAGCAACAAGAUAGAUCUGCCAAAUGAUCCAGCUGUAAUGUCCCUUUCUGAUAUCUUUAACUCGCUCGGCUUGGAUGACAAACAAGCUGCCGCUGAAGAGAAGGAAAAUAAUAUCGUCUUCGAAACGACUAUUGCUCAAACCACCGAUCAAACAACGCCACCAGCAAUUGUGCUGAUUUCGGACCAACAAAAGCAGGAAUCAAUUCAAGAAGGUCCAAAAAUUGAACAGUCCAUUGACCUUACUGAUCAAUAUGUGAAGUACGAUAUCCAGCAAUCGAAUGGCCAUCGACCACAAAAACCGACCAAUGAUCAAUACGACCAUUAUGAAGUUUAUCAAUCUAACGGACACCGUCCACAAAACCCUCCGAAAGAUUCCAACUUUGGAAAUCAAUAUGUCAAGUACGAGGUACAACAACCACAAAUUAACAUAGUCAAAUACGGUACGGUUCCAAGCAUGAAUAGUGUUGUAAUCAGUCCCAAUCAACAUUCGGCUACAUUCGUCUUGGGAUCUCAACAAUCGGUAGGAAGUUCAAGUGAUGGACAUUUUGUGAGCUCAGUCUCGCAGGAACCUGCUUCUGCUGCUCUUAAUGGCCAUCCGACUGGCUAUCAAAUGGGGCAGGUGCUGGACGAACCAAACGAAAGCUCCAAUGUGCAAGUUGGCACAUCAGUGAACGUUCAAGUUAAGCCUCAAGAUAUAAUCAAAACCACCAGCGUGCGAUUUCCCAGUGAAAGCGACGACAAGUAUGAGAAUGCACCCAUUAUUAGUGGAACCCAUAAGAGUGAAGUUUUGCCACCCAAUGGACAUUCUGCUCCUAUUGGUGUUGGUCCAAACUCAAUGGUUGUGUUCCCCAAGAACGAUCAAAUUGAAAGCACUCUUCAUGAAGUUUCAAACAGAAUCGUUUUCGAUACACCAAAUGCUGAAGCUUUGAACAAGAACGAAAUUUCAAAUUAUCCCUCAGAUCUACCAGAACAGCUAACUCCUCCUUCAAAUCCGGACAACUCCCAUCUCUCAAAACGUCCCCGACCCCCAAUUCCUGCUCAAGGACCACCAUUCAUUUACAAAGAAAUCCAACGUAGGCCAUAUCCAGGAGGAAUUCGACCACCUCUACAGCUACCUAACAUUUUACCCCAAUUCAGACCGAACGCUAAAAUAUCACAUGGUCAUUCCCCUUACCAUAAGGAAGCCGGUAAUUUCAGAGUGCCUCCACCGCCACCAGCUAAAAGUCUCCCCGCUAAUGGACCACCAAGAAAAGUUUUCGCUGAUCCUUCAACAACACAUGUUCAAUCAUCUACUCUAGCUAUUCGUCGCGCACCAGGUCCAACUAGAUUCAUGAAUCGCAUCAAUACCAUGCGUCCACCUCAACAAAUGGAAGGGCCCAAUGAAAACCGCCGUUACUAUCGUUUGCCUCCUCCAAUGCUAAAAGAUCGCGUAUUUCACAUCGCUCCCCCAAAUCUAAAGCCACCUCCACCACCUGGCUCUUCCCCAGCUUCUAGAUUUGCUGAAAGCUAUGCUCCUCCCACACCUGAAAAAACUGUACCAAGCCGCAAAACUGAAGAAUCCGAAAAUAAUGAAUUCCAACGUGAUCCUCCAACAAUUCUGAAAAACACCAUGACAGAAGAUAAACCUCAGCGUCCUAAACUAGAACCCGUGGUAACUUUACAAAUGCUUCAAUCGAAAAAACAAACCGAACAAUCGAAACAUAAAUUGCCAUCGGGUCAAAAGCUAGACCUAGCUGUUGAGGGCCAACCUCCAUCUUCUCCCGUACAGGCUGUUAGCACCGAUGGAGCCCAACCAGUUUAUGUAGUCUACCCUGUCAAGAGUACGCCUAUGAAUCUGGAUUCCAUUCAUGCAGGAAGUAACAUUGAUCCCGUUGUGGUAGGACAACAUGGAGAACAGUCACCUAUUCCGCCACCACCCGCAAGAAUUAGUCCAGGUAGUGAAUAUCAAAAUACGCCAUUUUCGAUAGCUUCUCAUUUCGAGCAGGAACCAAUUCUUAUGGCUAAGGAUAAGAAAGCACUUCAAAAGGUUCAUUUCCCAUACAAUAUUGAAAAACCGGAUCCACACACAUUGAUUGAGGUGGAAAACGAAUCGAAAUAUCGCUUGCCGGAGAUUAUAGAAAAGAAACAGGAUAGCAUUUACAACAUCGGCGAGGAACCAAUCAGUAAGGAGCAACCAGAGGAUUCCGUUAUAUCCAGCAAAUUGCAACGUGUCACCGAAAGCACGCCGAUUGCAAUUGCCUACACACCGACAGAAUCUACACAAAAGUACAACUACAACAAACAUCCGAAUUCUCCAUAUUAUUCACCGUAUGGUGAAACACAAACUGAAGUGUCCUAUCUGAAGAUGGAUGAUUUCGAUGAAUUCGGAAAUCCAGCACAUCGGUACGAACAAAACUUCCAAGCUCCAUUCCAAGCCAGUAUCAGUUUGGAUCCAGUGAAAGUUACCAACCCAUACGAAGGAUGGGCGGUUGUGACAUCUUCGCCCCAGGCACUUAUCAAAGAACAGAACAAAAUUGAUCGGUCAGAUGAUCAUCAUUUCGAAGUAACCGAUUUGUCUACAAAGAAACCUUCAGAAAAAGGAAGUUUUCAACCGGAAUUACAAGGAGGUUUUCGACCUAUCUACGCAGAAGAUAUUAAACUAAGCGAAAUGAUGAAUCCGGACCCCCAAUCAAGAAAUGCAUUCUUAAUGGAGCGCGAAAGUGAACCCGAAAUAUCAAUGAAACAAGAACAAAAACAGGAACAAGAGAAAGUUCAGGAACCCGAAAGGAAGCCUUUGUUUGAUAGUUUGGAAGCAUUUUUCGAUAACUUGACUAAAGAUUAUGAUGACAAUACUGAGAUGACUGGACUUGGUGAUGACAUGGAUGAUAGUACCGCCAAAAUCAGCAACGAACUUGAGGGAAGAAGUAGUGAUAAUUCUAUUACUGAAAUGACAAUAGACGAAGAAAACACAGAAGAGCCGUCUAGUGAUAAGAGUGCAGAAAAAGAAAAGAGCGUGAAGGAAUGAGUAUAAUACAUUAUUUUUCGAUGGCUGAAAGUAUUUUGGCACAAGUUUGUACCGAAACAAACAAUUGCCAAACAAAAGCGACUAUGCAAAUAGUUGCUGAUUUGGUAAAAAAUGCAUUUUGAGGUUACAGUGAUAAAAAAAAUCUCACAUAGUAAAGCUAGAUUUUACUAAAGAAAAUCAACAUCUUGAGUAUCUAAUGUUAAGUGCAAAUCUUUGGGCGCGAUUAAGCUUCCUGUACCCUUCAUAAUAUUCUGAAUUGUCAUCCAAUCCACACGUCUCUUACCAACAAAUCUAUUCGAAUGCAAAGAAAAGAAGUAUGUGCGUAAAAUCAUAAAAGAAGCUAGUCAGCUAAACUUAAUAUUAGAUACUUGAUAAACCAAUUAACUAAUAAACUGAAUCAACAAUUCCGAACCACCCUUCUCCAAUACACUUGUACAGUUGUUAUUAUUUUCUAAAUUACGCGUAAUUUUAGACUGGUAAUGAUGUAUAGAACACUGAACGAGAGAAAGCAAAAUUAUCGAAAUAAUAGAUUUUAGGUAGACACUGCCAGAAGCAUGAAACCGAUAAGCAGCGCAAUUAUUAGGGUUUUUUGAUACGGAAUAAGAAUAAUGGACGCAAAUAACACAGCAUGGGCAAAUCAUGAUUUGUGAACAUGCGAUCAUCGCACUUCUUAACUAGAUAUCGUUGAAGCAUCAAUAUAAGUAAAGAAUUUGAGAGUAAUGAGGUAAAAUAAAAAUAAAAAUUUGUAGAAAAGUUAAAACUUUCACGCUCUCUUCUUUCUAGUGCUCGCACGCUACGGCAUUCGAUGCUCUUGAGCUUAAUUGUAGGACCAGCACCAUCGCGAAAAUUGAUGUUUGCAAUUGUCGGUAUCGAAAACACACGAAUCAUUGUGAGAACAUAAUUUAUACUUUAUUGGGGCUUAGUAUGUAAUUAUUUAGCUAAGACCAGGAAACUCCUAUUUAUUUAUCUAUUUAUUGAAAAACUAUCCACUGGAAUGAUUUAGGGACGAAAUCUUUGUUGAGGCAUCAAGAUCAGUAUCAUUAACUUACCUCAUUAGUAAACUGAAAACCCAGAAGACGAUUUGUAGGUUUUAUUGAAAAUAAAAUGGUAAUAAAAUAAA